AUAUAUGUAUAAGAAGAUCAAAUCCGUAGGUGGCUUACUAUAGAAGCGAUAUUCAAUACUGCAACUAAAGAACAAAAACUUCAAGUGACAAAUAGAAACGAUAGUGAGUUUAGCAAAUAUGACGCUACGGCGCCUAUUGCUAUUUUUGUUUGUGGUUACUGUCGGUGGCGUUACUGUUGUACAUGCUGGCGGCUUUCCAAAUUACCAUGCACACUUUGAUUUCAUCAGCUGGGACAAACAUCGUACGGUCGCACAACUGAAUGCAGCGCAAAAGUGGUGGCAAUCGGCGGCGUUCUAUCAAAUCUAUCCAAGGUCAUUUAAAGAUAGCAACGGUGAUGGCGUAGGCGAUCUGAAGGGUAUAGCUCAACAGCUACCUUACCUGAAGGAGAUCGGCAUCGCCGCUACAUGGAUAUCGCCUAUUUUCACGUCGCCCAUGGCAGACUUCGGCUAUGAUGUCGCUAAUUUUACAAAUAUCGAUCCGAUAUUUGGCACUCUGGACGACUUCGAUGCGCUGAUAGCCAAGUCGCGCGAGGUGGGAGUGAAGAUAAUCUUGGAUUUCGUACCAAAUCACUCGAGCGAUGAGCAUGAAUGGUUCAAGAAAUCUGCUGCUGGCGAUAAGGAGUAUAAGGACUUCUAUGUUUGGCAUCCCGGACGCAUUGUGAAUGGCACACGCCAACCGCCAACGAAUUGGAUGAGCGUGUUUCGUGGCUCGGCAUGGCAGUGGCAUGAGGGUCGAAAGGAAUAUUAUCUGCACCAGUUUCUGAGUAAGCAACCGGACUUGAAUUAUCGCAGUCCGAAAGUGCGUGCAGUGAUGAGCGAUGUCUUACGAUUUUGGCUGGGACGUGGUGUUGCCGGCUUUCGUAUAGAUGCUGUGCCUUUUGCGUUUGAAAUCGCACCUGAUGCUAAAGGAAACUGGCCCGAUGAACCCAGAAAUGAUUGGGUUAUCGAUCCAGAUGACUACAAUUAUGUUAAACAUAUCUAUACGGUAGACCAGCCGGAGACUUUGGAUUUGGUUUACGAAUGGAGACGCGUGCUGGAUGAGUUUCAGAAGGAGAAUGGCGGUGAUGAGCGCGUCAUGCUAACCGAGGCCUACUCGCCCAUUGAGGUAGUGAUGAAGUACUAUGGUAACGGCACGGCAGAGGGCGCACAGAUACCAUUCAAUUUUCUUAUGAUCAAUUGGCUCACGAACGAUUCGGAUGCUUAUCAUUUUGCGGAAACGGUAAAUACUUGGUUGCGGAGCAUGCCUGAAGGACGCACAGCAAAUUGGGUUAUAGGAAAUCAUGAUCAGAAUCGCGUCGGCUCACGACUCGGCGCCGAUCGUAUAGACAUGUUGAACAUGCUUACAAGCAUACUGCCUGGCGUGAGCAUCUCGUACUAUGGCGAAGAGAUCGGCAUGACGGAUGUUUGGAUCUCGUGGAACGAUACAGUGGACCCUUCGGCUUGCCACACCAAUCCGGAUAUCUAUGAGAAAUUCUCACGUGAUCCUGAGCGUACGCCCUUCCAAUGGAAUGAUGCAAAGAAUGCUGGCUUUAGCACAGCUGCGAAAACUUGGCUGCCUGUCGCUGACGAUUACAGAACAGUGAAUGUCCAAAGGGAGCGCGAUCAGCCGCUAAGUCAUUUGAGCGUUUAUAAGCAGUUGCAUUCCCUACGUAAUGAAUCUACUCUACGUCACGGUAGCGUUGAAGUGAAGGCGAUGAACAAUAAUGUGCUAGCAGUGAAGCGAAUCUUGCUCAACGAUUACACUUACGUGUUAUUGAUGAAUCUGUACGACUCAACGGAGCAGGUGGACUUGAAGAGCGCUUUCGAUAAUAUACCUGAUGACUUUGAAUACGCUAUUGUGACUAGCAAAAGCUCGUCGAAACGGGGGGAUAUUGUUGAAUCCUCUGUCGUAAAACUGUUACCUAAAGAAGCCGUUGUGUUGCGUUCCUCUACAAAACUGACCACAACAGUGGGUUACUUCGCUUAUUAUACGCCGAAGAAUGAAAACCAUUAGUGAUUAGUUAUGUAGAAGGUAAAAAUUGUUUAACUAUUUGUUUUGAACUAUAAAUCUUAAGAACUGAAAACUCAAUGGUUUACGUAUCGCAGAAUAAGUUCUCUAAAUGUUAUCUCAAUAUUUUGUUUAUUUUACUACGUAUGUAUGUAUACCAGGGAAAUAAAUGUAGCAAUCUAGCUGAAUAUAUA